CAAAAUUGGCACACGGCCCAAACAGGAGAGCCCAGCUCUAUCUAGUCCGAACCUGAAGUUGCACCAUGCGGGAGUGUCAUAGUUAAAAAGAAGGAAUUAUUUGGUUUGUAUUUUAACAGUGAACAAAAACAACAGCAAUAAUGGACCCCGAAGCUUUUUUGGACAUCGCCAAUCAGGUGGUGAAAUUGAAAAUGUUUCCCUAUUUCGACAUAGCACAUUGUGCUUUAUCAGCUCUUUCCGUAAGAGAAGACCUUGGACCAGGAGCCCAGGCUUUCUCCAGGAAACAUCCUUUAUCAUGCUGGCUUUCUUACAUGCUGGUAGUUUAUGCUGGAGGAAUGCUAGCAAAUGGACUUCUAGCAGAACCUAUUCUUGCUCCAUUAAAGAAUACACCCCAACUUGUCGUAGCAACAUUGACUUGGUAUGUAAUUUUCUACACUCCUAUGGAUAUUGGUUACAAACUGGCUAAGUUUUUACCUGUCAAAAUAGUUUUUUCGGCCAUGAAAGAGAUAUAUAGGUGCAAAAAAGUCCAUGAUGGUGUCACCCAUGCGGCCAAACUAUAUCCAAAUGCAUACCUGAUUAUGAUUAUUGUAGGAACAUUGAAAGGCAACGGGGCUGGUUUCACCAGGCUUAUUGAAAGGCUGAUUAGAGGGGUUUGGACUCCAACUGCAAUGGAAUUUAUGCAACCAAGUUUCUACACCAAAGCAUCUCUUGUCGCCUCCAUCAUCUUCAUAUUAGACAAGAAAACGGAAUUGAUAUCUGCGCCACACGCUUUAGUUUACUUUGGUAUCGUUAUAUUUUUCGUAUAUUUCAAAUUAUCAUCUAUACUUCUUGGCAUCCAUGAUCCCUUCAUACCUUUCGAAAAUUUGACGUGCGCCUUAUUCUUUGGAGGAAUAUGGGACAGUUUGGCCAAGAUUUUGGGCAGAAAUCAAUUGAAAGAAGGGGAAACAAAAGAUGCAAAGAAAUUGAAUUGAUGACUGAACCAUCAAAGUGGAAAAAUUCGACUAAGUGCGGAAAGUCGAAUUUUUCUAAUGAAUCGAUGUGACCAAAGACUUAUGUUGCAUUUUUAAAUGUGACUGUGUUCGUCAAUCAGUACAUAUUAUUGUACCAAAAUAUUUAUUUGUAAAAUAAAUGUUGAUAUUUAA